CCGAUCUUUCCUUGUGGCUCUGCGCCUGCCAACACCAGUGAAAAGCUGGAAAACAGUAGUAUGUACUCAGGUCACCAGUAACUGAGACCCCAGGGGCGCAAGAUAGAAGCUGUGGGAAGUGGAGUUGCUUGCGGCGACGACGACGUUGUGGCGAGGCUGAUGAAAUAAAUAUAGUUGCUGCAUCCGGAAUGGCCUCAUUGACAUCUGUCGCCAGAUGAUGGACCUGGACUAGCGCCGAUUGCGCUUAUCGCUUAUUGGGUACGUACAUACUGAAGUAUACUCUUAGAUCUAGGCCCACGCUCGUGAUAAGAUCAACUCGUCCAAGCGCAGAAAUUCAUUCCGAGAAACAAAACUACAGCCUUGUUCGCUCAAUGUGGACUUCGACCAUUUCAAACCUCACUCCUCCUGAGUAACCUUGAGAUGAACUAUCCUUAAAUAAGAGCACUCAAUUAUACAAAAUUCGUGGCGAACAGGCCUCUCAUACCAGGGGGGUUUCGAAGUUCUCGUAUGAAACUUGACAUGUCUGAGCGCCGGGGUCAUGGCAGCUCGGCAUGCUUCAGGUCGCCGAGCCUCGCCAUCACCAGCAGCAAAGCCAUGUCGCAGAUGCCCAGCCUCUCACCACCUUGAGACCAAUAUCCCGGAAAUUUGCAAAUGUCGUACGAUGCUACUGGUGGAUCCCGUUCCCAAGAAGCUCGAAAAUAUGCGCUGCCACGCGGACAGGCCUCGCCAGAGCGCGAAGUCUAACGUACUAGAUCCCACUACUUACUCAAUCAGCCUUCUCAUUUGCCCUCAUACCCUUCCAUAAACAGGUGAGCGAACUGUUGACGCUGUCGGGGAUAUUCCGCCCCACAGCCCAGGAUCAGAGCCACCUGCACGGCUCCUGUGUGUUUCUUAAUCUUAUGUCUGCCGGAGUACAUCUCUUACAUUGCUGCUCUCCUUCUUUUCCUUCUUGUUUCUUCGGUCUCUUCUUUCUCGCCAUUAAUCUUCAAUUUUGCUUGUCGCGAAGUGCCGGACACGCAUACUACGCUCUUUUUCUAAUCGCGGCUGGUCUGUCGACUUCACACUCACUCAUUAUUUUAUUUAAGUUGCAAGUUAAUUCGUCCUCAAUAUGCGCAAUUCAGUGGUCCUCUCGAUUAUCCUCGGCCUCGCGGCUGUUGCCCAAGCCGACAAUCUCGACUCUCACGUCCGUCUAGAUGUAGGGAAGAUACAAAGUGUACUCCCGAGGAAUGCGAACCAGAACCAAAACGAGGACGGGAACAAAAAUGGGAAGGCGAGCAAACCUAAAGUCGACGCUCAAGUGUUGGCGGCCACAUCAUCCAUAGAUACCGGCGAACCAUGUGACCACCGAACAACCGUCAUCGUCACCGAGACUCCAGCAGGCGCGGCCGCAGCAGUGGUGACAGGUCUCGAUUCUGGCAGUGGUCGAAAUAAAACUGUCGGGGAUACCAAGAACAAUAACAAGAAUCAAGACCAGGGUGAAAAUGGGAGGGCGGUGAACAAGAACAAGGCAUCUCAGAAUGAUCAAGAGAAGGAUCAAGGAAAUGUGGUGCAAAUCUUGACAGUUGACAUCAGCGGAAACAACGGGAACAACAACCCACAUGCUCAGGGCAAUGAGAAAACUGUCACUGUCCAUGCCCAGGGCGCUGAGAAAACCGUCACUGUCCAUGCCCAGGGCGCUGAGAAAACCGUCACUGUCCAUGCCCAGGGCGCUGAGAAAACCGUCACUGUCCAUGCCCAGGCCAAUGAGAAGACCGUUACUAUCCAUGCCCAGGCCAUUGAGAAAAUUGUCACUGUCCAGGCCCAGGGAAAUGAAAAAACCGUCAUAGUCCAUGCCCAGGGCAAUGAGAAAAUUGUCACUGUCACUGAGACACAGGCGAUCGGUAAUGGCAAGGCUAACGAGAACCAAAGCCAGGCGGUACAACUCUCCUUCGUCACCGAGACUGUUUUUGGUGCCGGCAAUGCGCCGACUGUCACAAUUACCCCAAUUGCGGAGAUAGUCACACAGCACGUCACUAUCACUGAAAAGGGAGGGGCAGCAGAGGCCGUCACCGUCACAAUGCAAGCUCACCCCGUCACAAUUACCCAACACGCAGCGGCCGCCGCUGUUCUUCCCCCGAGCACAGUCACUGUCACUGAGCCAGGUGUUUGCACGACAACCGAUGGUCUCGCCGCAGCAUCUCCAGUCGUCGUUGCUCAACCCUCCGCAGCAAUAGUUGCCGCCGAAGUAGCUCCAUCUCCCGUCUCGACCGGUGCCGGCAACGGCAUGGGAAUCAUCGAUGCCAACGGCAAGUGCGGCAGCUGCCACUGUCUCUGUAACGCCCAGGAUUUCCCAAAGGCAAGUAUACAAAUCGCAGCGCCAGUCGUAAAUGCCGGCGCAGUGGCGAGCCCGGUGACGACGCUACAGACGGUAGUUACUUUCGCAUCGCAGGCUGCUUCAACGGGCGCCGUAGCACAAGCUGACGCCGGAAUCGCGUUCCAGCCGGGAGCCGAUGCGGCGAGUACUUCUGUGGCGGCUGUGGAGGCACAACCUUCCACCGAUGCUGCAGUGGCUGCAGCUCAAUCGGAUACUGCUCCGUCCCAGGUAGCCCAAGGAGCUGCAUCGAUUCUCCUCGAUACCCCGACUACUACAGACGUUGCGAGCCAGUCAACAGAUACAGCAGUUGUGGACACAGCAACUCAAGACGCCGCAGCCACGACAGCGGCCCAACCUUCUAUCACAGAGAGCGCGGCGGCUGUGUUAGCAGAAAGCGCGCAGUCACCAACGGCAACGACGGAUGCGAGUGCAGAGUCAACCACCUCAACAAGCACUGACUCUGCCGUCACCAUCGCACCACCUGUUCCCGGUGCUCUAGCGGUCGAUAAUGGCGGCGGGCCACCAGGGCCCAUCGACAUCAACACGUAUACGCUCGCGAGCGCGAUAGCGCUGGGACACCUCAGGAGGAGAUAGAUUUUCUUGGUGGCGUGGCGUUUUAGUGUUUGAGUGUUUGAGUAUUUUCCCACUUGAGGUUCUAGCUGUAGAGUAGAUUGAAUUGAUACC